UUCAAAGCCGGUGCUGGAUAAACAAAUAGCAUGCAUGCGACAGAGGAAAAGUGCUUUGGUGUUGCUUAACGCUCAACGCGAAGCUUGGAAAAAAAAUAGACUUGUCCCUUUCGAGGCACCGUACAGUGGAUGGUUGCAUUGUGCAGUUAGCCAGCACUGAGUAGCUAGGUAGCUGAUCACACCCGUUUUUGUUUUCUAGUACCAUUUUGAAACAUAAUGGAUUAUUCGUCUUUCAUACGCUGAGUCAUGUCAGACAUCCGUGGGUCUCUGCUGCGGCGGGAUCCCCUGAGCGCUGCUAAAGAGGUGCUGUACCAUCUGGACAUCUCCCUGGGCAGCUCUGCCCUCCAGGGCCCCGGGACCUCCGGACCCUCCGCCGUCGCCACGGCAGCCGUCGCCGUGGAGAGGAGCACGGUGGAGCUGGUGGAGGAGUUCAUCUACCACACGCCCAAGGACAGGAAUGCACAGCCCAAGAGGCUAUCGUGUCUGCAGGAGCUGCAGCUGUUGGAGAUCAUGUGCAGCUACUUCCAGGAGCAGAGCCGCGACGCUGUGCGCCACCUCAUCUUCUCUGCCCUCUUCGGUCUCCAGGGAAACCAGGUGGACGACAGCCGCAUGGCCAUGCUGGCUAAGCUCGUCUCCAUGGCGAUUGCCGUCGGACGCGUCCCCAUCCUGGAUUGCACUGCCACCUGGCUGCAGCGCUCCCAUGCGGUGUGUUGUGUGCGGGUUGCGCGUGUGUUAGUGGAUGAUUACUGCAGGGUGGUUCCUGGCUCCGCCCACACCUUGAAGCAGGUGUUUAACGCAAGCCCCGCCUUCUGUUGCCAGUUCAUCACCGCGGUUACGGCCCUUUAUGACUUGUCUUCAGAGGAUCUGACUCCUCCCCCAGCUCUGCUGGAGAUGGUUGUUGAUUGGAUAACAGACGACCCGAGACUCCUCCUCCUGACCUUCCUGAACACGCCCCUCCCUGUCGCCAGCCUAUCCCGUGGCUGCCUGGAGCUCACGCCUCUCCUGGGCCUCCUGCGCUGGUCCGUCAAAGCCCCACUUGCCAAUCAGAGGAACCGCAAACAGGCAUUGGCCAAUGGCCACGCAGAGCUGGAGAAGGGGGCGGGACAAGAGGCUGAGGAGCUCUAUUCCAAACUCCACCUGAGUGUGCUGCAGGUGUUUCUCAUGCUGCAGGUGCACCUGACUGAGAAGAAUGUGAUUGGUCAGCUGUCGGUGCUCCAGUGGGACCACGUGGUGGGAUUGGUGGACGAAGUGGGCCGCCUGGGGGAGGAGCUUAACCCUCUCCACGCCGCCAAUCACAUCCAGCUGGCUCUGGAUAGGCUGGCCCAGGCCCUGCAGGUGGCCAUGGCAACGGGAGCGCUCUUGUGUGCCCGAGAAGAACUUAGACCUCUGUGUUCUAGACUGCCACACAACAAUCUGAUGCAGCUGGUGAUGUCAGGGCCGUUCCAGCCCCCCUCUACCCCCACCUGCCCUCCCUCCCCCCCACACACACACACCAGCCCCCUGUCCCCACACAUCCACACACACACACACGCACACACACACGCGCACGCCGCGCUCUCGCCACACAACACACACCCCGCUCUGCAGACCGCGCACAACACACACACACACGCACACACACACACAGUCAUCUCCCCACACACCUUUCACCCAGCUAUGGGCUUUUCUUACCGACCCAUACGCUAAGUGCACAACACAUGCACGCACGCACACACACACACACAGUCAUCUCCCCACACACCUUUCACCCAGCCAUGGGCUUUCCUUACCGACCCAUACUAGAAGUACACACACACACACACACACACACACACACACACAUUAA